AAUACACGACCGCACGCCGGUACGAUGCUCAUUUAGAUCGAAACGGGACGGACAAGAGGAAAGGGGAGGCUUCCAGCAACACCACCGGACUGACGUUUCUGUCCCUUUGGAGUGGAUAAAGCCAGUGCGUGAUACCAGCCCUUUAUAUCAAUAUAGCGGGAGUCCCUGUCGCGAUGCUAAGUAUAUGCUCAUAAUUUUGCAAACGCCAGCCCUCUAAGUGCUUCUAGGUAAUUGAGCGUUAUUGAAGCUGGAGCGAAGUUUUAUGCUGGAACCCUUUGAAGCUCUUUGUCUUUUGCGUUGGUGACGUGGCCAUGUCCAGUUCUCCUCCAUCGCAAUUUCUUUGGAAGGGUAUCCGUUACGGUUACGCCGUUUCAACGAUGGACAUCAUCCUUGCCAUGGUGGCAAUACUGAUACUCUCAGUCCUGCUCUUCAAGGAUAAGUCCAGGGCUACUGACAAGAACAAAAUAUUAGCUCCUGGACCGAAAGGCCUUCCUAUCCUCGGGUACAUGCCAUUUAUUGGACCCACUCCCCACGUUAAAUACAAAGAACUUUCCAAGAUCUACGGACCGAUCGUAAGGGUCAAAAUGGGGUCAACAGACGUACUCGUGCUGCAUGACGUACAGUCAAUAAAGGAAGGAUUAAACAAGGACGAGGUGCUGGCUCGUCCGCCGUAUUUUCUUCUAAGAAGAAUGGGAAUGGACGGAGUCAUUACCAUGAACGGGCAACAGUGGCUGGAUAACCGUAGGUUCUGUCUGCACGUGCUCAGGGAUCUUGGAUUCGGGAGAAAGUCCAUGGAACAACACAUCACAGAGGAGGUAGCUCAGCUCUGCGACGUCCUGCAGUCUUGGGGCGGCCAGCCGAAAGCGAUUACGGACAUAAUCACGUCGAGCAUCUCGAACAACAUCACGGCGCUCGUGUUUGGAGAGCGAUUUCACUACGAUGACCCCAGGCGUCAUUUUCUGGACACGAGGUUGGUCAACUUUGCCCUCAAUGCAAGCUUUGUCUCCACCCUGGACUUUCUGCCCAUUCUGCGCAAGCUCGUCUCGUACGUACCGUCGUCGAAAAUUCGCAUCGCCGAAGAGCAACUAAAGGAUGUGCACGAUUUCAUCAGGCAAGUACGGUGUUCGGCAGUUAACGUGACCGGAUGA